AACACAUGUUAAACACAUCCUUAAAUCCGACAGUUAAAAAAGAUCGCUGUGCUUAAAUAAAUUUAAAAGUUUAAUUACUAAACACAUGUAACGCAAUUAUAAACAAUUUGUAAAACAUAUCAGUAAACAAUGUUCUGAUGAAUCGCCAAAAAAUAUUUGACAAAGGAGAGUAUACACUGUAGUAUUUUUGAUAUUGUUAUUUUGGGACCAUUUUAUAUAAAUAUUAGAGCUAGAUUUUAGAGUUAAGUGUUAGAAAAUUGUUGUUUCCUAUUAAUUCUAGUUGUUCUAGUGAUAAAUGUGCUCAAUUAGAAUUAAAUGUUGCAUAUCUAAAGUAUUUUAAUGAAUGUUUACACACGAUUUAAUGGGGCCACUUGCACAUAGUACCAAAUUAACCUAAAUUUAUUCCAGUGCCAAAAAUUGUGAAGAUAUCCAAACAUAAUACAAAUCACUUAAAGUUGCCAAUUUUUAUACGCUAUUUUUUGUAAGAAGAGGUUUAUUCCCCCAGUGCCAUUCUAAAGUUAAAAAAAUAUUGAACCAAUAAAUUCUCUUGAACUCUAAUACAACUCUAAAACUUUUUCGUAAAGUUUCACUAACACAAAACAUAAAAUAAACUCUUAAGUGUUAAACCUAAAUGUCCCUACGUGUUAGUAAAUAUAAUAAAUUUAUAAAUGUAACUAAACUAAAUGUCUAAAUACCCAUUUGUAAACGUACAAGUGCUAAGUUAUCGUCUUAUAUUAUGGCUAGUACUGUGCCUGAAGUAAAACCUGUGAUUGCGACUGUAAGUACGAUACACGCCGCUCCUGAAUCGGAAAUGGACGCACUUUUGCUUGGCAGAACUCGGGAGCUGGUUGUCAGUUCCCCCAACGAAAGGAACUGGAGAGGCAUCUUCAUAGCCCUUCUAGUGAUAGUCGCCGUUCUCGGCCUAAUUGUUUUCAGUAUUGUGUUGGUCUCACCGCCAGAAGAAGGGCCUAGGACUAAAGGCAACAAACCUUCCUUAGAAGAUAUCUUCAUCAAGCUUCCACCCCCGGCCAGGUUCAACGGGACCUGGCUUACAGAAUCCGAGUUUGUCUACAAAGAUGAACACGGGGGAGUCACAUUAUACAACGCCGAGAACUUAACCACCAGAAUAAUAAUGACAAAUUCUACUUUUAGACAAUAUGAUGCAGUCGAUUUCAGGAUUUCGAGCGAUUUGAGGUUUGUCCUCCUCAUAUGUGAAGUCACAAAAAUUUACAAGUACACCACAUUGGCGAAAUAUCACAUUUAUGAAAUUCAGACAAGGAUACGAAAACCUUUAUCUCCGAGAGAACUAGACGAUAAAGCUCCAUUUUUGCAAUACGCCGCGUGGUCUCCCGAUGGCACAGGCGUAGUUUUUGUCCAUGAUAAUGACAUUUAUUACAAGCCAAAAGUCGAAAAAGACCUAGUUUGUAGAAUAACCAACACCGGAAAACCCAACCUUGUGUAUAAUGGAGUUCCAGAUUGGCUGUACGAAAAUGAAAUACUCAAAACUUCUCACACUGUGUGGUUCUCGCCGAAUAGCUUAUAUCUUCUCUAUAUUACAUUCAACGACACUCAAGUGGGAGAGUACAAAUACCCUUGGUACGACAGUGGCAACCCCAAAGUCACUUAUCCAAAAAUAAAAUCGUUUAGGUUUCCCACGGUGGAAACCCCAAAUCCUGAAGUAACCGUCUGGAUGGUCAAUUUAACUAGACCAAAGUAUCUGUUCCCCGUGGAGCUAAAGCCAACAAACAGUGUUGAAAUUGGAAGUUAUAUAACUAGUGCUAGUUUCCUUGGGGAACAGAAUGUUGCUAUAAUUUGGUUAAACAGACAUCAGAACGUUUCGGUCAUAUUAACAUGCAAACCCCAGAACAAUUACAACUGCAGUGAUUUUCACAUUGAAAGAGAACACAUCGGUUGGUCUGAGCGAAUUUUUCACCCGGUUUUCUCCCAUAAUGGAAAUCAAGCUUUAGUAAGACUUCCCGUGAAAGACGGCGAUAAUGGCCAUUAUAUGCACGCUUGUUUACUUUUCAACAACAACGUGAUCCCCUUGACACACGGUGCUUUUGAAUUAAGUCGUAUCCUCGCGUGGGACGAACAAAAAAACCUAAUAUAUGCUUUGGCGACAAAUGAGAACGCCCCUGGAGUUCGUCACUUGUUCAAAAUAGGCGAUACGAAUUCCUCACAACAAUGGACUUGCAUGACUUGUCAACCUCGAAUCGAUCCCAAUAUGACUUACGUCUACUUUCAAGACUACAUGAACGAGACGAUGAUUAAUAAUAGCUUACUUGUAAAUUAUGCGUGCGACUUCAACAACAUCAUUUUCAGCAAAAAUUAUAAAUAUUACAUUCAAGAAUGUCUGGGACCAAACAUUCCUGUAGUUUUUCUAGUAGAAACUGCCACAAAUACAAGACUUGCAGUUUUAGACGCUGGCGUGAAGCUCAAACGAAAAGUCAAAAAUCUUUCAGCGCCUCAAAUCAAAACGAUACAAGUAGAAAUAGAAGACGGGUAUAGGGCUCAAGUCAGGUUGUAUUUACCGCCGAUUUUACGAGAGUACGAAGAAGUGACUUUUCCGCUUAUUCUUUUGGUUGACGCUUCACCUUCCUCUCAAACGGUUUCACAACAAUGGGAGUUGUCCUGGCCAUGGUAUCUCGCCAGUACUCGAAACUACAUUGCUGCAAAAAUCGAUGCAAGAGGGUCAGGGUUUCAGGGAGUAAGAAUGAGGAGAGAAAUUCAACAUAAGAUCGGUUCCGUUGAAGUUCAAGACCAAUUGGCAGUUCUGACUUAUCUGAGAGACACCUUCAAAUUCAUUGAUAGAACAAAAAUUUGUACUGUUGGAAGAGGUUAUGGCGGAUAUGUCGCGACAAUGAUGCUACUCGAAGAUUUUUAUCAAGUUAUCAACUGUUCUGUCAGUAUUUCACCCAUAACCAACUGGAAAUAUCACAAUUCAUAUUUCACAGAAAAAUAUUUUGGAAUUCCAACCAAACAUCUCCACGAUUACGAAAAUGCAGAUUUAACUAUGAGAGCCGGUAAUUUAAACGAACGUCGAUUUUUGCUCAUUCAUGGGUCUGCGGACACUUCGGUAACGCCACAACAUGCGUUGCUGUUUGCUAGGGCUUUAAUACAACAAGAAGUGUUGUUCCAGCAGCUGGUGUAUCCCGAUGAAGGUCACGAGUUCUCCAAAAAAUCUCUCAUCCAUAUGUACAAAGAAAUCGAUCAAUUUUUUAAUGAUUCUUUCGGACCCAUCAUCGAUGAUUGGAACGAUGAUUCAAGUUUUUUUAUACAAUAAAUUGUUAUAUACAGCUCCUUAUUGUUAUACAGAAAAAAUUAGCAAACUACCCUUUGGAUCAUACACAUUUUUAUACAAAGAAUCUCAAAAUUUGGGUGCUUCAAGCUUAAAAAACGUCCAUCUUCCCCGUAUUGGAAUAUGAAAUUUUGUAUUUUUAGGUAUACCCUGUUUGUAAUAUGUUUAUCGAGUUAUUUUACGUCGUCAAAUAUACAUAAUAACGUAACUGAUGUUUGCCGCAUUCCAAUUUUUUACAAUAUUAUAAAUGUAUAUAUGUGCCUAACCUUAUAGCUUUAUCGUUAAUCGUUAAAGUGAGUAUAACAUAUUAUAUUUUUUGUUGCUGAACAUAUGUAACUAUAUCAUAAUCAUUGUUAUAAUAAUAAUGUUAUAUUUGUACAAUAUGUACUGAAUUCAAUGUGACACCAAAGCCAAAUAAAUGUUAACUUUAUUC